AUGUCACAUUUUGAUCUUCUAUUUUCUACUGUCACUGUAGAACCUAGUGAAAUCUUUGAUCUGUGUUAUGCAUUGGAUUAUCCGGAACUGAUGGAGAUCAAUAAAGAUAACAGAAAGUGGAGAAAAUGGAAUUUAGAAUAUUCCGCUGAUUUACUUAGUCGAAGAUUUCCUGAUAGUUAUGUGUGGAUUAUUAGACCUGUUAGAAAGUAUGCAGAUAGCUUCAGUUGUUUUGACAACUUUGUAGACGGUGAUGUUCUUGGAACGCCAUCACACUCAGAUAAACGACUCUCUAUACACCAUUUGAAAGAGUUAUUGAAUAAUUCUAUUCAUUAUGUCAACUCUGAAAAUUUAUGUAAAAAACGCAGCAAAAGUGUGAAACCUGAUCUUACUUGUCAGACUGCUGAAACUCUGGAUUGCAAUGAAGUUUCUUGUGACAGUAGUAUCCCGACUGUGCUGCCAGUUGUGAUCGUUGGUUUCAGUAAAGGAUGCAUUGUUUUGAAUCAAAUGCUUCAUGAAUUGGGUCACGUACACAAAGAUAAACAUGUGAAUGAGUUUGUCGGCCGGUGGAAGGCGUUGUAUUGGUUGGAUGGUGGACAUAGUGGUGAACAUGACACGUGGAUCACCGAUGAGACGAUUCUCAAGGAAUUGACAAAAUUAAAUCUGCAGAUCAAUGUACAUGUGACACCAUUCCAGAUUAAAGACCCAAGAAGGCCAUGGAAAGGCAAAGCAGAGCGACUUUUUGUUGAUACAUUGAAAGAGUUGGGUGCCGAUGUUCGUGAAGUUAUUCAUUUUGAAGAUGCAGGAUAUUCAUUUGCUAAUCAUUUCAAAGUUUUGGAAGCAUUUUAA